AUGGAUCACCGACGCUCGUGCAUGGCCAGCCUUGGUGACGGUCACCCAUCCAUGCAGAAUGUCACGACAACUGUCAUUGCCGUGUUGGCCCCUUACAAACAGACCGAACGAUCAUCAUAUCCUAUCAGUUUGCUCAAGGCUUUCCGCGGAACUGCGCCUCUUCCUGCACGAUGCCAGCAUACGGAGGUUCCCAGGACGCUGGUUACCUGUAUUCGGAGUGACAUACAUUUCAUCGACGCAGCUCUCGAGGGAGGCAGGGGCACAGAUCUACAGCUGAGCUAUGCGCGGGCACCAGAUAUUGUCCAAGGCACUCGCCUGACUACGAGAGCAAUGGGUUUUGCUACUCCUAACAACAAGGAAGCUGUAUCCCGUGAUGACAACCCCCAAUGCCACUUGCUCACUCCCGAUCCGACGUACAAGGGGAAUGUUCUGGCAAACAAUAGCGUACCUAUGCUCAAGAUGUUCUCUCAGAGUAUAUGCGUCUUGCUCUCAUCGGAGCAGCAAAAAAUCCUUAGCCGACGGGUUGGAUGA